GUUUGUGUUGUUUAACAGAUCAUGAUAAUAGACUACAAAUUAACUUAUCCAAGUGGAACUGCUACUGCGGUUCUUAUUAAUGGAUUCCAUACACCUAAAGGAGAUGUCAUGGCCAAGAAGCAGGUUCAUGGAUUCGUAAAAUUCUUCGCAUCGAGCUUUGUCUGGGCAUUCUUUCAGUGGUUCUUUACUGGUGGAGAUACUUGUGGAUUUGUUCAAUUUCCUACUUUUGGAUUGCAAGCAUGGAAAAACUCAUUUUACUUCGAUUUCAGUAUGACUUAUGUUGGAGCAGGAAUGAUCUGUUCUCAUCUUGUUAAUUUAUCAUUACUUCUUGGUGCUGUGGUUUCAUGGGGCAUCAUGUGGCCGUUAAUCAGAGGACUAAAAGGAGAAUGGUUCCCUGCAAAUAUAAAAGAAAGUAGCAUGAAGAGUCUCAAUGGUUAUAAGGUUUUCAUUUCCAUUGCCUUGAUUCUUGGUGAUGGGUUUUACAAUUUUGUCAAAGUUCUCUAUUUCACUGCCACAAAUAUCCACGCCAACAUGAAAAAGAAGAAUCUUAAUAAUACAUUUUCCGGUAACCAGAAACAGUUGCCUCUUGAUGAUCUAAGACGCAACGAAAUGUUUGCGAGAGAAAAUAUUCCAAUAUGGUUGGCAUGUACAGGGUACAUAUUUUUCUCCGUCAUCUCUAUUGUUGUAAUCCUGUUGAUGUUCCCUCAGGUGAAGUGGUAUUUUGUCCUGUUUGCAUAUAUUUUUGCGCCUUCUCUUGGCUUCUGCAAUGCUUACGAUGCUGGAUUAACCGAUAUGAACAUGGCUUAUAACUAUGGAAAAGUAGCUCUCUUUGUACUUGCAGCCUUGGCUGGAAAAAGUGACGGUGUAGUUGCUGGACUUGUAGGGUGUGGUUUGAUUAAAUCAAUUGUUUCGAUUUCAUCUGAUUUGAUGCACGAUUUCAUCGGAUUCUUAGAUUCCCACCGAUACAAGCUGUCUCAUGGGUACAAUACUCGAGCUAAUAAGUUGAAAAAGAUGGAAUGCCUAGAGCAAGAGAAUCAUGAAAUACGUGAAGAGGUGACAACAUUGAGGGACGGUUAUGAGAGGGUUACUGCUAUAAUGGAAGCUUUGACAGCUGUUCAGAAUCAGCCACCUCCUCCUCAGACUCCGUAG